AUUCCAAUAAGAGCCCUGCACAAACCUGCACAGGCAGCAUGCUCCAAACUUUCUCAUCACUCCUGCUGCGGCUGUACUACUACAAGAAACUGUUCAGCUCUAAUCAGCACAGCAACUAGUGCAAAGAACCGCACUUCAGAGGAGGAGCGUUGUCGAUAUAUAUUGUCUUCAUUUCUUUUUGCUUCUUUAAUUUUAAAUAACAAACUGGCUACUCCUUGAAGAUUUCUUUCUUUUUGGAGGCUGAAGACAGAACGUGCUACCAGCUUUGUAAAGCUGUUCCUUGGGAAAGAUGCUUUGUUCAAGGAGAUUAUUUCAGCAGUGGAGUUUUGCUGUCUUUUUGUUGUGCUCUCCUGUCCCACACUAUGGGAGACCUCUUGAUGCUCUGAGCAACAGAGUCAAGCGGUCAGUGACGCACGCGCAGCUGAUGCACGACAAGGGGAAGACUUUGCAAGACUUCAAGAGACGCAUGUGGCUGCAGGAACUCCUGGAUGAGGUCCACACGGCCGAGAUCAGGGAGCUGCCCAGCCGCACCACCAACCCCAAGCCAGCAGGCAGCACCAAGAACUACCCCAUGGGCUUUCGGGUGGAGGAAGAGGGCACCAACCUCCCGCAAGAGACGAACAAGUCCCAGACCUACAAGGACCAGCCCCUCAAAAUCACCAGCAAGAAGAAGAAGAAAGGGAGGUCUGGGAAGCGGCGGGACAGUGAGAAGAAGAAAAGGAGGGCGCGUUCCGUCGGCGUGCAGGAGCAGGGCAGUGGAUAUGGUCUGGAGUGGAGCCCGUACUUCAGCCUCUUGCAGCUCCUGCACUAGGACCCAGUCACGUUCGGACUAAGGUACCCCACGGAUUUAUAAUGGGGCACCUAAAGACUCAUGUUGCAGUAUUCUGUUAUAGUGAUUGUUCGGAAAUAGAGAAAAAAUAUUUAUUUUUUGUAAAUAGUUGAAACGCACCAGAUUAGUGAUGAUAAUUAAAAAAGUUAUUCAGUGCUCCAUGGAGCUGCAGAUUUUGUUCAUUGUGAAUAUUUCCUUUUUUUUUGGUAGGACUAAGCUGAUUAUAAUUGUCAGAUUUGCCAUAAUUUAUUUUGUUUGAAUGGUGUAUUUAUUUUGUAAAUGUAUAAUGGUGCUGCUGACUUUCUAUAUUUUUGUAACAUAAUGCACUUUAGAUAUAUAUAUCAAGUAAUUUUGUUAAUUGACCUAAUAAAGUGUUCUCUUUUUGUGGUUGGUUUUGAUGAAGAAAAAAAUAUGUUCUCGUUUUAUUCACUGAGAGAUUUGGAACAUUGUGUUAGCAUGCUGUUAACAUGGCUUCAUCUAAUGCCUGUUCUCGAAUAUAGAUGUUAAAUAUAGUUGAUCAAUCAUUUGCUUUGAAGGUUCAUUCCUGUGCUUCUUGCCUUGGUUGGAACAAUCACUUUGUACUUCAGAACUCAGCCUUCUCUUAUUUACACAUUGACUUUCUGUUCUCUUAUUUUUAUCCUUAUGUCCAACAUGUAUCCGGACUAAUCUGUGCACCUUUGCAAACCAGGGAACGUACUUUAUUAUUUAACAACAUUAUGCGAUUGACUCAAAGUCACUUAGGACUUGCACUGAAAGAAU